GGAAAAAAUAUAUUUUUAUUCAUGCUCAACCUCGAACUGUUUAUGUGACACUUCAUCAAGUCUUAUCAAAUCUCUCAUUACAAUUUACAAAUGGUCUAAUUGAGACGGAUAUUUCUUUGGAGAGUAAAUGAAAGAAGUUGAAGGAGAAGAAGAAGACGCGUACCCCCAGCGUAGAACGGUGGAGGUGGGGCCGGUUCUGGGAGAGCCAUACGUGGACAUCACCGCACUGUACGAGCUGCAGCGCGAACUGGGGAGAGGGCAGUUUGGGAUCACAUAUCUCUGCACAGAGAAGGCCACGGGGUUGGACUAUGCAUGCAAGUCCAUCUCAACGAGGAAGCUGGCGAUGAGCGAGAGGGAGGUUGAGGACAUGAGGAUGGAGAUCAGAAUCCUGCAGCACUUGAGCGGGCAGCCGAACAUUGUGACCUUCAAGGGGGCGUACGAGGACUCCAGCCACCUGCAUUUGGUGAUGGAGCUCUGCUCCGGCGGGGAGCUCUUUGACCGGAUCACCGCCAGGGGGAGCUACUCCGAGAAAGAAGCCGCCAGGAUUGCAAGGCAGGUGGUGAGCGUGGUUCACGGCUGCCACUUCAUGGGAGUCAUUCACAGGGACCUCAAGCCCGAGAACUUCUUGCUCGUCUCCGCGGAUGAGGACUCCCCCUUGAAGGCCACGGAUUUCGGACUCUCCGUUUUCAUUGAGGAAGGACGAGAGUUGAAGGACAUUGUCGGGAGUGCGUUCUACAUUGCUCCCGAGGUAUUGCGACGGAGGUAUGGCAAGGAGAUAGACGUGUGGAGUGCUGGAGUUAUAUUGUACAUCCUUUUGAGUGGCUUUCCUCCCUUCUAUGCUGAAAAUGAGAAUGGCAUCUUUAGAGAAAUUUUGAAGGCCCGUGUGGAUCUUGAAAGCGAUCCCUGGCCAUCGAUAUCUUCGGGUGCAAAGGAUCUCAUCAGGAGAAUGUUGACCGUCGAUCCCGAAAGACGAAUUACUGCAGCGGCCGCCCUUGAGCAUCCAUGGCUCAAAGAAGAUGGGGAUGCACCAGACAAGCCUAUUCACAAUGCUGUUCUGAUCAGAAUGAAGCAAUUCAGGGCAAUGAACAAGAUGAAGCAACUUGCUCUAAAGGUCAUUGCAGAAACGAUGCCAGAAGAUGAAAUCAAGGGUCUGAAAGAGAUGUUCAAGAACAUGGACGCGGACGGAAACGGAAGCAUCACUCCUAGUGAACUUCGAACCGGGUUAGCUAAGCUGGGCUCCAACCUCUCUGUGGACGAAAUAAAACAGCUUAUGGAUGCCGCUGAUAUUGACAAGAAUGGGACCAUAGACUACAUGGAAUUCAUUACCGUUGCAAUGCACCGGCAUAGGCUUGAAAACGAGAGGAACUUGUUUAUGGCUUUUAAACAUUUUGACAAGGAUGGCAACGGAUACAUUACCAGAGACGAGCUCAUGCAUGCUAUGAAAGACUAUGGCAUGGGGGAUGAAGCUACAAUUCGUGAGAUCCUUAAUGACGUGGAUACAGACAACGAUGGGAAGAUCAACUAUGACGAGUUCAAACAGAUGAUGAGGAAGGGUACUGUGGAGAACGAAGGCAAACAGUGACCGGAGUAACAACCCUGUUGUUUACAUGUGUAUCAUCUACUGUUUUACAUGUAUAAGCGGCUUAUUACUACAUUUUUUAAAUUUACGUAUUGUAUAAUUGUACAUUGGGUUUUGAUGAAAUGAAAAUACCGAGUAAUAACUGACCCGGAUUUGG